AGUCACGUGAUAAAACAAAAUCAAAAUGGUGGACGCACACUCUGUCGGAAGUUCGUCAGCAAUUUAUUUUUGUUGUUUUAAAUGCUAGCAAUAGGUACAUAAUGUGGGUUAAACCUGAAGAAGUUCUUCUUGCGAAUGCACUGUGGGUGACAGAAAGAGCCAACCCUUAUUUUGUGUUACAGAGAAGAAAAGGUUAUGGAGGCGGAGGGAUUGCAGGUCUGCUGGUUGGCACAUGGGAUACUGUAGUCGAUAACAAGACACCUCCCUAUCGAAUUUUACAUCAGACUCCAGAUUCAGAACUGAGUUAUUCUGUGUCUGCUGCCAACAACAAGAAGGACAUUACAAGAGACUGGGAAUGGAUAGAAGCAAACUUAAUGCAAACUUUAGGGGCGUUUGAGACAGAUGAUGAGGCUACAGAAUUUGUUAGAUGUAAGAUAGAAAGUAUGGUAGCCAACAAAGUGGACCAGUCAAAAGAUGAUGAAGAGACGAAAAGUUUCAGAACAGCCACUAGGAAGUUCAUGAAGCUGUUCAAUAUGCCAAAAGAAGAAAAGUUAGUGAAUCAUUACUCAUGUAGUUAUUGGAAGGGAAAGGUUCCGCGCCAAGGUUGGAUGUACCUGAGUAUAAAUCACAUGUGCUUCUAUUCUUUCCUAAUGGGCAAGGAAGCUAAGGUCAUUGUCAGAUGGACAGAUAUAACGAAAUUGGAACGAGGGAACAAUAUGCUGUUACCAGAGAGCAUCAGAGUGUCGACACGAGAAGGAGAGUAUGUGUUCUCCAUGUUUAUGCAUAUAAAUGAGACAUACAGAAUAAUGGAACAGCUCGCAAAUAUGGCCAUGAAACAACUGAUGUUGGAGGGAGGAUUCGAGGAGGAUAAGACCAUUCUUGACAGAACUAAAAAGAAGACUCCAAAGAAGAUGUCUAUGGUAAAGCGAGAUCUUGAUGCCAGGGCCAGGAGUGAUGCUUACAGACUAGCAUUUAGUCUUCCUUUAAAAGAAAAGCUAGAUGGCGACACUGAUUGUGUGAUAUUCACUCCAUUCAAUAAACAGAAUGUCACGGGAAAACUAUACAUCUCUCAGAGCUACGUCUGCUUUGCUAGUAGGGUGAGAGGGUUACUAUCAAUGAUUAUACCUCUGCGAGAUGUGAACACAGUAGAGAAGGUGGACAGCCCAGUUGGUGGAACCUUAUAUAUGAAUGCUAUGGUUGUCACUACAAAAGGAAAGGUAAAUGUCAUGUUCAGUCAGAUUGGUCAGAGAGAUCUGAUCCUAGAGAAGAUUUCUGACUGUUUAUCUAGACAGCCGGCUCCUCGUCGACGAAUCAACAGCCAGGUCUCAGUGACAAGCGAGAAGGAUACUGGUACAACGGUUGUUGAAGGUGAGGAGAUCCAGUUCCAGCCAGCACUAGUGAGCCUGUUCUGUAGACGUGGCUCGGAUGAAUUGACAGCUAAAGAAACUGUGAAGGAACAUCUCUGGGAUGUUUAUUUCUCAGAAUAUGGCAGGGGUAUGUGUAUGUACCGGACACACAGAACACAUGAACUCAUGUUGAAAGGUCUUCCAGAGAAGUAUAGAGGUGAAAUGUGGAUGCUUUUCUCAGGUGCCCUCAAUGAAAUGGCAACAAAUCCAGGAUAUUACGCAGAUUUAGUGCAACAAAGCUCAGGCAAAUAUACCAUGGCAACUGAGGAAAUAGAACGUGAUCUUCACAGAUCACUACCAGAGCACCCGGCUUUCCAGUCAGACCUAGGGAUAGGUGCAUUAAGACGUGUUCUUACAGCUUAUGCAUGGAGAAAUCCUAGCAUUGGUUAUUGCCAGGCUAUGAACAUUGUGACAAGUGUUCUUCUGUUAUAUACAAGUGAGGAGGAGGCGUUCUGGUUAUUGGUGGCUUUAUGUGAAAGGAUGCUUCCAGACUAUUACAACACGAGGGUAGUAGGGGCGCUCAUUGAUCAAGGUGUAUUUGAAGAAUUGAUCAAGGACUAUCUACCUAACCUUCAUCUCAAGUUGGAAACCCUUGGUCUUCUUAGUAUGAUCUCAUUGUCCUGGUUUCUCACAAUAUUUCUCAGUGUGAUGCCAUUUAAUUGUGCAGUGAAUAUCCUAGAUUGUUUCUUCUAUGAUGGAGCAAAGGUGAUAUUUCAAGUUGCUCUAAACAUCUUGGACAAUAACAGUGAUGAGUUACUGAGGUGUAAGGAUGAUGGUGAGGCAAUGCCAGUACUGGGCUCCUACCUUGAGAAUGUCACAAACAGAGACACAACCAUGCCGACUGUAGACCAUACUAAUAUGAUGUGCACACAGACAGUUGAGAAAAAGUGUUCAGUAGAUGUGUGUGAUUUGAUAGAGGAGAGUUACAGGAAGUUUGGACAUCUAGAGAAUCAGCAGAUUGGACAGUUACGACUCAAAUACCGCUUACGUGUUGUGCAGAACAUCGAGGACCAUACCAUGAAAAAUAUCCUGAGAAGUGUGUCAGAAAAAUCUCUCAUUAAGGGGAAAGAACUGGAGGAUUUGUACAUGCUUUUUAAGGAGGAGUAUUUGACAUCAUGUUACUGGAGGACAAAUCAGCAGCCAGCAGAUUUAGCAGACAAGUUUGAUCCUUCUCGGCCAUUUUAUGAGAUAUAUAAGGUGGACUUUGACCAAUUUAAGACCAUGUUUUUAUCACUAUCACCAUGGGCCAAGGGUCAGAGAGGUGGAGUGCUGGCUUUGAGAGCAUUCAGGUACAUAGACAGAAAUGGAGACAACAUGAUUAACUUUAAGGAGUUUGUCGACCUGUUGUGUAAGAUGUGCAAGGCUGACUAUACACAGAAACUGAAACUUUUGUAUGAGAUUCAUCAGCCUCCAUGUUUACUGGAUAGUGACGAUUUUGAUGAGGAAACUGUUGCAUCACCAAAAUCAGAUAGCACUGAGGAUGCCUGUGAAGCUACAAACUUCUUUGCCGAAGAUGCUGAUACACCAAGCACAGAUAACCCAGAUGACAUUGAGCUUCCAAGUUGUCCUGUGGAGGAAGAACUAACCAGUGAAGGCAACAACACAGGAAGUCAACAAGCUAUUACUGAAGCACAAGAUAUUCCACAAGGGGAGGGAAUUGUGUCUGCUCAUGGUCCAGUUACCUCCCCUCCUCAGUCACUGAGUGUGGUGUCUUCCCUGACUGAUUCGGACCCUCCCAGUCCAAAUAAUGGUGAAGAAAGACCACUAACUGAAGAGCAGGCUGAUAGUAUUGCAUCUAGUCCAAGUCCUAUGAAAGUUAACACACCUCUUGGAGAGAGUCCAAUGGGAGUUUUCACUAGAAAAAGGGAGUUAAUCAGGGAGAGGUCCGGGAGUAAAGAAGAAUUUAGAAAUGUACCACGACUCACUCAGACCCAGUUUAUUCAGAUGUGGAAAACUUUGUAUGACAUGUUUGGCGGGGAACCAAAGGAGCAGGAUCUAUAUCAUGCCAUAGCAACAGUGGGUACUCUUCUUUUGGAGAUAGGAGAAGUAGGCAAGAAAUUCUAUCUCCAUAGAGAAGAGCUGCUUAGCUCUUCAUAUGCAAGUUCUGAAAGUGCAAGCGAAUCAAGUAGUUUGGCACAAACCUCUAUCCCUGAAAUAAAAGAAGAUACACCAUUGGUCGAAAGUAAAACUGAAUCAUACAGUGAAAUUGGAGAUAACAGUGUUAAUAAACCUGCCGAUGGUGCAGGAGAUACAUUAGCAGAGGAAAUUUCCAGUAAAGUUGGAGAACUAACUUUAGAGACAGAGACUGACGGAGACCAAAAUGAAAAAUCAGUUCCUGUAAAACCCGACCAAGUUUGUGAGCAGCCUGACCUAGUUAGCGAAUCAUCUGUAACAGAAGAAGGAAGUAAAGCGAGUGCUUCGGUGCAUCGGGGUGAGAGGACCAUUUCAACGAGUUCAUCCAAAAUAGAUACAGACUGGUCCAUAAGUUUUGAACAGUUUCUAGCAUCCAUGUUAACAGAGUCUGCCUUAGUUAGAUACUUUGAAACCCCAAUAGACUUGUGCGAGGCUAUUGAUAAAACCAGAAACCGACGUCUUUUAAUGCGGCAACAGAGUGCACCAUUUGAAAUCAUUAACUCAUCUAAGGCUCCUUGAUGACUUAAUGUGAUGAUAUUUAUUUGGGAUAACAAAAAUGCAAGAAUGAAUGGCAAAUUUGUUUGAUUGAUUGGUUAUAUAAUAUGAAUUGGAAUCGUGGACAUGGGGAAACAAGUUGUUGAAUUUAAUGACCAUUCUUAUGUUGUAUCUGUUUUGUACUUUCUGCACAUAUUGAGUACUUUUUACAAACGUAGGGAUGUAGAUGGCUGCAUCUUAGUCUGGCUAUACUUAGGUGGAGUUUUAGUGUACUUCGUAAUAAUUUUUUUUGGUACAUGUAUAUAAUUGGAAUAUAUCCUCUUUAUUAGCAACUUGAAGGGAUGACAGGAGUACAUAUAAGUUACGUUUGGUAUCUGUUUACAUGUUCAAAUAAAAAUUGGAGAUAUCGAAGCUUUAAAUUUUGAAAUUUGAACAGAAUUCAGAUACUUAUUUUUGGCUAACCUGUCACAUAGUGACAAGGUGAGCUUUUGUGAUUACCCUUCGUCCGUCCGUCAACAAUUUCUUGUCUGCACGAUAGUGGUUUCAUUUAUGAUUUUAUUUUAACCAAACUUGCACACAACUUGUAUCAACAUAAGAUCUUGGUUCCUUUCUUGAACUGGCCAUAUUCUUUUAUGGGUUCCAGAGUUAUGGCCCCUGAUAGGGCCAGAAUUAGCUAUUUUGACCUUGUCUGCACAAUAGCAGCUUCAUUUAUGAUUUUAUUUUAACCAAACUUGCACACAACUUGUAUCACCAUAAGAUCUUGGUUCCUUUCUUGAACCGGCCAGAUCCCUUAAUGGGUUCCAGAGUUAUGGCCCCUGAAAGGGUCAAAAUUAGCUAUUUUGACCGUGUCUGCACAAUAGCAGCUUCAUUAAUGAUUUGAUUUUAACCAGACUUGCACACAACUUGUAUCACCACAAGAUCUUGGUUCCUUUCUUGAACUGGCCAGAUUCUAUUAUGGUUUCCAGAGUUAUGACCCCUGAUAGGGCCAGAAUUAGCUAUUUUGACCUUGUCUGCACAAUAGCGGCUUCAUUUAUGAUUUGAAUUUAAUCAAACUUGCACAAAACUUGUGUCACCAUAAGAUCUUGGUUCCUUUCUUGACCCGGCCAGAUCCCCUAAUGGGUUCCAGAGUUAUGGCCCCUAAAAUGGCA